AUGGCUUCCGACAUGACAGGCGAACAGAUGCAGGCCAAGAUCACUGCGGCCAGGCGCGAAGCUGAGGGUUUGAAGGACAAGAUCAAGCGCCGGAAGGAUGAACUGGCCGACACCUCCCACUUCCGCAGAGGCUCGUGGGAUGCGACGUCAAAGAGGAGGGGAGCUGACGCAAAUGGGAGAGACAACCAUGCUGACACCAAGGUCACAGUCCGCCAGGUCGCGCAAAACCAGACCGAAGCCCUCCCCCGAAUUGGCAUGAAGCCGCGCCGCACGCUGAAGGGUCACCUUGCUAAGAUCUACGCUAUGCACUGGUCAACCGACCGCCGUCACCUCGUCUCCGCCUCGCAGGAUGGAAAGCUCAUCAUCUGGGAUGCCUACACCACCAACAAAGUCCACGCCAUCCCCCUGCGGUCAUCCUGGGUCAUGACCUGUGCUUAUGCGCCCAGCGGUAACUACGUCGCUUGUGGUGGUUUGGACAACAUCUGCUCCAUCUACAACCUGUCUUCGCGCGAAGGUCCGACCCGCGUCGCACGCGAGCUCUCUGGUCACCUGGGCUACCUCUCCUGCUGCCGCUUCAUCAACGACCGCCGUAUCAUUACCUCCUCUGGCGACAUGACCUGUAUGCUGUGGGACAUUGAGUCGGGCUCCAAGGUCACCGAGUUCGCCGACCACCUGGGUGAUGUGAUGUCGAUCAGCAUCAACCCUACCAACCAGAACAUCUUCGUCUCCGGUGCCUGCGACGCCUUCGCCAAGCUGUGGGAUAUCCGUACCGGCAAGGCCGUGCAGACCUUCUCUGGCCACGAAUCCGACAUAAACGCGAUCCAAUUCUUCCCCGACGGUAACGCUUUCGGGACCGGUUCCGACGAUACUAGCUGUCGCCUGUUCGAUAUCCGUGCCGAUCGCGAGCUCAACACCUACCAGAGCGAGCAAGUCCUGUGUGGUAUCACAUCCGUCGCCUUCUCCGUGUCGGGCCGUCUACUCUUCGCCGGAUACGACGACUUCGAGUGCAAGGUGUGGGACGUUCUGCGUGGCGACAAGGUUGGCUCAUUGAGCGGCCACGAGAACCGCGUGAGCUGCCUGGGUGUCAGCAACGAUGGUAUCAGUCUGUGCACUGGAUCUUGGGACUCUUUGCUCAAGGUGUGGGCCUGGUAA